AUGGCAGACCAAACCGCAUCGCGUCUCCUCCUCCUCCCGGCAGAGCUUCGAAAUGCUAUAUGGGAGCUUUUACUCGUCCACACGAUCCCCUUCCCACCUCAACGACAGCACAACCGAUCCUUCUGUGCCAACAUCCUGCAAACGUGCAAGCAGAUCAACCACGAAGCCACACCGAUCCUCUACGCCGAGAACACCUUCAUGGCGCAUCCGAGCCUCUUGGCGGCGCUACCUGCUUUCCUACUCACGCCGCGGGAUCGCGUAACGCUACCGCCUGUGGUCAAGUCAAGAGUUGCGUCGUUGAUACGGAAGUAUUACAUCCAUGUGAGGCUGGACGUGGAUCCGAGGUUCUCGAAGAAUCAGGUUACGGAGAGCUUUACGGGUGUUGAUGCGUUGGAGAUAGAGGUGUUUCAAGCGAUGUACGGUAGUUGUGACUUCACCACGCUGAAGAUGUUCGAAGACGUAAGAGGUGUGGGCAAGGCAGUGGUGCAAGGAAGUAUAGGAGAUGGCAAUUAUGCAAGAUAUUUGGAGAUGUGCAUGACGAGUCCGCCUGGUACAGACAUUCCUCCUUUCUCGGAAGAGCUUACAGGUGGAGGCAAGGGAUGGAGUGCUUGGCUUCAGGUACAUCGAUAA